GAGUUCUUGAAGCUCAUUUCUAGAAGCCCAACGUCGUCAAAGCCCCGCCGUCAUACUGCAAAAUGCCAAGGGAAAUCAUUACCGUUCAGGCCGGACAAUGCGGCAACAGCAUCGGAAGCCAGUUUUGGCAACAACUCUGUCAGGAGCACGGUAUCAACCAGGACGGGAACCUCGAGGACUUUGCAACCGAAGGCGGUGAUCGCAAGGACGUUUUCUACUACCAGAGUGACGACACAAGAUACAUCCCACGAGCCAUCCUAGUCGACCUGGAGCCGAGAGUCAUCCAAGGCAUUCAGUCGGGACCGUACAAGAACAUUUACAACCCGGAGAACUUCUAUGUUGGCAAAAAUGGAGUCGGGGCGGCGAACAACUGGGGUGACGGUUACCAGACGGGCGAGGUGGUCUAUGAGGAUAUUAUGGAGAUGAUUGACCGUGAAGCUGAUGGUAGUGAUUCACUGGAAGGCUUUAUGAUGCUACACUCCAUUGCAGGCGGUACCGGAUCCGGCCUUGGUUCUUUCCUCCUCGAACGACUCAACGACCGAUUUCCCAAGAAGAUCAUCCAGACAUACUCUGUUUUUCCCGACACCACAAACGCUGGAGAUGUUGUUGUUCACCCAUACAACAGUGUCCUCGCCAUGAGAAGGUUAACGCAGAACGCCGAUUCGGUUGUGGUGCUGGACAACGGAGCCCUAUCACGCAUCGCAGCCGACAGACUACAUGUCCAAGAGCCUUCUUUUGCUCAAACAAACCAACUGGUUUCGACCGUCAUGUCUGCCAGCACGACAACUCUUAGAUACCCGGGAUACAUGCACAACGAUCUGGUCAGCAUUUUGGCCUCGUUGAUUCCCACUCCCCGAUGCCACUUCCUGAUGACAGCAUACACACCAUUCACUGGUGAUCAGGUCGAGCAGGCCAAGACAGUGCGUAAAACUACAGUGCUGGACGUCAUGCGGAGACUGCUGCAGCCCAAGAACCGAAUGGUUUCGACCCAACCAGGAAAGAAGAGCUGCUAUAUCUCCAUUUUGAACGUCAUUCAGGGCGAAGUGGACCCUACGGACGUCCACAAGAGUUUGCUUAGAAUCCGGGAACGACGACUCGCGACGUUUAUUCCCUGGGGCCCGGCAAGCAUCCAGGUGGCCCUGACAAAGCGGAGUCCAUAUAUCCCAAUGGCUCACCGGGUCAGCGGGUUGAUGCUCGCGAACCACACAAGCAUUGCGACUCUGUUCAAGAGAAUCUUGAGACAAUAUGACGGCAUGCGGAAACGCAAUGCCUUCAUGGAGGGAUACAAGAAGACAGCACCAUUUGCAGAAAACCUGGACGAAUUCGACGAGGCCCGAGAGGUCGUGUCGGAUCUAAUCCAGGAAUAUGAAGCAGCAGAGGACUCAGAUUACCUGAACCCCGACACAGGAGACAAGGCGACCUCGGCUGAAACCGACAAGAGGAUGGCCUAAACCAGACACACGUGGGAGCGGCAACGGGUUACGUAGUGGCAGGGCUGAAGAUAAGUGACGUGCAGAUCAAUUUGUCGAUAUAGCGAGGGUGGCAUCUAUGCAUCGGGAAAAGGAUCGGAACCUGGGCUUUGCUGGGAUUUUUGGCGUUCAGGGACGGGGAGAUGGCACAGGAUUACGAACUAAGCCCCCUCCAUAACGAAAAUUAAAAGACCCCCCAACCCCUCAAUAAACUUGCAUCUCGAUGGUCUACCUACCACUUUGACCCCUCUGCUUCUUGAGCUUGCAGGUGCCUGGAGCAUUUGUUCCUGAGCGGUUUGUGUCAUUGAUGGGCCCCUUCGCCGUUAGAGUUCUCCACAUCCCAUCACAAUCGACGAUGAACGUCAGCCGUUCUCCACCAAAAGAGGCUGCAAAGAGCCGCAGAAUUGCAU